AUGAGACCUAUUAAGACAAUAGCAGCAGCAGCAGCAGCAGCACCAAAGCCCUUGAUGGUGUCUCCACCACGUUCCCAAUGGCACUCCCUUGUGUCCUACCUCUUCAGCGGCCUCUCAGCAAUGUUGGCUCUCAUAGCUUUUGCUCUCCUCAUCUUGGCUUGCUCCUACAGAGCCGUCUCUGCUCGCUUCGACAACAAUAACGACGGCGGAGGAGGAGACGACUCUGAGGACGAUUCAAACAACCAAGUUAAGGUUUACAAUGACAAAAUACUGGUCAUAAUGGCUGGUGAACUCACCCCCACCUUCUUGGCUACCCCUGUUUUCAGUAAAGCUUCCAAUUUUGGUGAUCAAAAUGGCGACUCAAAAAGGGACAUGCAAGGAUCUACUGAAAAUGAUGAGAAAAUGAAACAAGAAAUGGACGAUGGUCAUCAUCAAUUGCCAACGAUUACACACAACCAUGACAGACAACAACCAACCCAACACCAAAACUAAACCACUUAGCUGAUUUCCGUUUCUUUUGGAGAGAAUUGUCUGUUUCUUUUGGGUUUUUCCUUAUUAGUCCCCGGAAGUUGCUGGUUUUUUUGGGUCAUCGGGAAAUGUAAAUUUUGCAAGAGAAGAUUAAAAAUAGACGUAAGAGAACCUUGAGCUGCGUCAUUAAGAUUUUCAG